AAAACAGAAAAGGAGUUACAUAUAAAAAGCCCAAUCGGAGAACUACUUAAAAUUUAAAGUUUUAUUAAAAAAUUCAGACAACUAAAUUUAACCCCUUUACUACAAAUUCUGGCCACGUUCAUGUUCUAAAAAAAAGUGACCGUACACCUACACACGAUUCGCAUAAGAAGUAAACAGUAAACAAUUUUAGCGAAAUACGAGAUGCGAAUCAUAAAAUGCCGCAUUUGCUCAGGACCAGAGGCACCAAUUAAUAUCUUUGACCCUGGAAAUGGUCACCUAGUACGUCAAAUUCUCUCUAUUACAGGAGUCGAGCUGAGCUGCCACAAAGAAAUAUCCUGCUAUAUGUGCAUGGUUUGCCUUGGCGACCUGGAGUCGGCCAUUAAAUUCCGCCAGCGCUGUAUAAUUUCCGAAAAACAGAAUCUGGAGAGGAUUGACACCGCCAGCAAGGGUUACCUCAACGAACCGAUCCUGCAGGAGGAUAUUGAUGAUGACCAAAUCGAGCUUACACUGGAUGAAUCUAUUUUGAUACCUGAAAUUAAAGAACUUCCACAGGCUGCUGGAGAAGUCUCAGCGCCUAUAAGUGCAAAGCUCCCAAUAUCCAUCGUCAAAGCUGAUCCCUAUGUUUGCGAAGAGUGUGGAAAGACGAUCAACAACAGGGCUAACUUCCAGGAACACAAGCUCCGGCACAAGGGCAUAAAGGAUUUCCGAUGCCACUUUGGGGAAUGCGGAAAAUGUUUUUCCACCAGAAAGGAACUAAUGCACCACAACCGUAGUCACAAGGGCGUGCAGCCUUACGUGUGCAUCUACUGUCCGCGUCGAUUCUCCAACAAGAGUUCCCGCCAGGAGCACCAUCGACGCCACACGAAUGAGCGACGCUUUCAGUGCGAUGUUUGUGAGAAAAGUUUUGUAAGCUCCGAAUGUCUUAACAAGCACAAAUUGACUCACAUCUCCGAUUGGAAAUACUAAUGGGCAUUUUCAAUAUGAUCAACUCAAUACCCAUUGUUUUUACAGACCCUUCUUUUUUAGUUGAUACAUUUGGCAAAAGAACUUCCAGCGGAUCUUCCACCUGAUGACCCACUUGUCUACCAGUAUUCAUAAGAAAAGAACAGUGCAGACGGUCUGCAUCUGAAAGACGUAUAUAAU